AUGGCUACUGCACUCGCUCUCAGAUUCAGAUCCAAUCUAACCCGCACCGCCUCCCUCUUCAUCUCCUCUCUCCAUCCACCACAAUUCAAACCCUCUCCGCCACUCUUCUCUUCCACCCCCCUCGAUUCCACCUCCUGGUUAUCCCUCUCGACCCACCGCUUCCUAUCCACAUCACGCCGCCAACCUACAUCCCGCCCCAAAAAAACCAUCGACAUCGCCGCACGCGCUCGGCAGCUCCAAGCCAAGCGUCUAUGGACCUACGGUCUCUCAUUCGCGACGUUCGCCGGUUUCAUCGUCGUCGUUCUAAACAACUUCCAGGAUCAAUUAGUCUUCUACGUCACUCCAACUGACGCAAUAGAGAAAUUCCGAACUAACCCUACCAAAGCCAAAUUUCGAUUAGGCGGUUUGGUUCUCGAGGGAAGCGUCGUGUAUCCGUCUUCUUCUCCGGGUGUCGAAUUCGUGAUCACGGAUCUGAUUACCGAUAUUGUAGUUCGCCAUGAAGGCUCUUUGCCAGAUUUGUUCAGGGAAGGACACUCUGUUGUUGCUGAAGGGUUUGUGAAGCCUUUCACGGAUGAGAUUAAAAAAGACAAUUCCUUGAAGAAAGUUUCCGCCAAGGCUAGGAGUGGAGAGUAUUAUUUUUCUGCUACUGAAGUUCUUGCAAAGCAUGAUGAGAAGUAUAUGCCUAAAGAGGUUGCUGCGUCCAUUGAGAAGAAUAAAAAGAUUCUUGAGGAAGCUAAUGCUGUGUCUGAGGUGAAACCCAACAUUGCAUCAUAG